AUGUCUAAGAACAAUAAUAAAGGCAUCAAGGAAGAUCUUGCCACAAGAGUGUCGAAGAUGAAGGGUAAUUUGAUGGCUCAGGAUCUGAGCAAACUGGAUCUAACUCAGUUAGAUCCACUCUCGCCGGAAGUUAUAUCUCGUCAGGCCACGAUCAACAUUGGCACAAUAGGUCACGUGGCUCAUGGUAAGUCAACGGUGGUCAAAGCAAUUUCGGGGGUUCAGACAGUUCGUUUCAAACAGGAGCUGGAGCGCAACAUAACUAUAAAAACAGGAUAUGCUAAUGCCAAAAUUUACAAGUGCAGUAGCUGCCCCCGACCCGACUGCUACAAGUCUUAUGGCAGUGGAAAGGAAGACAAUCCUCUCUGUGAACGGUGUGGGAGUCAGAUGAGACUGGAGAGACAUGUGUCCUUUGUAGAUUGCCCCGGUCACGAAGCACUAAUGGCUACUAUGCUUAAUGGUGUGUCCAUUAUGGAUGGAGCGUUACUUGUUGUAGCUGCUGACGAACAGUUUCCCCAAGAACAAACCAAGGAGCAUCUGGAAGCUGUUGAAAUCAUGUCUCUUAAACACAACAUUGUGCUUCAAAACAAAGUUGACCUUGUCCGAGAGAAGGCAAUCGAGCAGCAAAAGGAGAUGAAGGAGUGGUUUCGUGGCACGGUAGCUGAAGAUGCAACAAUUGUGCCUAUUGUUGCUCAGUUGAAGUAUAAUAUAGAUGUAGUGAACGAGUACAUUGUCAAGAACAUCCCCAUUCCGAAAAGGGACUUUGCUUCGCCUCCUUAUAUGAGGAUCAUACGUUCGUUUGAUGUCAACAAACCCGGGUUUGGGAGUGAUGACAUAAAAGGUGCUGUGGUUGGUGGAACUCUUCUUAGGGGUGUUUUGAAACUGAACCAAUUGGUGGAGGUUCGUCCUGGUCUUGUUGUCAAAGACGAGAGGGGGAAAUUCUUGAGGUGCACGCCAUUGUAUUCUAGAAUAGUUUCCUUGUUUGCUGAGGAAAACGAGUUACAGUUUGCUGUGCCAGGAGGUCUGAUUGGGGUUGGCACAACCUUGGAUCCUGCUUUGGCUCGCGGCGAUAAAUUGGUGGGUCAAGUAGUUGGUGAUGUUGGCUCACUCCCUGAUGUGUAUGCACAACUUGAGGUGCACUACCACAUGACAAAGGGAUCAGCUGACAAGAAAGGGCUAUCAAAGUUAAGCAAGAAUGACAUUGUGAUGUUAAAUAUUGGAUCCAAGGCUACAGAAGCAAAGGUUGUUGCUGUGAGGGAAAGUAUGGUGAAGUUGCGACUAAUCACAUCUCCAGUUUGCACGAACAUAGGUGACAAAGUGGCGAUCAGUCAAAGAAUCGAGCAGCAUAAGCCCCGGUAUCUUAUCGCUUGGGGCGAGAUUACAGCUGGGAGAACACUCGAUAUCGAACCUUGCCCUACUUUAGUAGCUGACUCCACAAAUCAGUAA